AUGGUCGAGCUGCAAUGGAUGACUCGGGAGCUUCUGGAAACCUUACUUGCCGGUCAUCAGAAUCUCACGCACAUGGUUUCGUACGAAGUGAAUUUUGCCACCAAAAAGGGGGACAAUUAUGCUAGUGAAAUGUAUCGCCUGACGGUGCAUUUUGCAAGUGCAUCUGGAGAUGAACAAAUUCAGAAGAAUUAUAUAUUAAAGGUCAUCCCGGCCGGUGAAAUUCAGCAGAAAGUGAUGAAAGAGAACAGUAUCUACCCAAGGGAAACGGUCAUAUACCGGGACAUCUUGCCAAGGAUCUAUGAUUUGUUGCGUUCGAUCGGCGAUAGCUCGAUCAUUUCUCCGAUCUGUUUGGCUACCACUAGCACACCGAAAGAGAUGCUGUUGUUUGAAGAUGCCCGCGAGGACGGUUUCCGAAUGGCCGAUAGACGGCAGGGACUAGAACUCGAUGCUAGCCGUUUGGUGAUCAUUAAGCUGGCCAAGUUACAUGCCUGCUCCCGGUUGCUGUUCGAUUCCAACGCGCAGCUGUUCGAUCUUAUGCUGGAAGGCUGCAUUUCGGACGAUCCCAGCAAGCAAACUUUUCUUCCUUACUAUCGACGAUGCGUUCAGCAGGUGAUGCGUUUGGUUGCCCAGUGGAAUGUGGAUGGCCAGUGGGACACGGUGCUGGCAAAGCUAGAACGUUUGCAGGAUAAGAUCAUUCCGUACGGAUGUGCCGUCUACCGGCGUACGGAUGAAUGUUUCAGCGUACUCAACCAUAACGAUAUCUGGAUAAACAAUAUGAUGUUCCGAUACGAUGAGGCAAACCGGGUUGAAGAUCUUCGUCUGCUUGACUAUCAACUGUCCUUCUACGGAUCGCCGGGAGUGGAUUUAAACUUUUUCCUCUACGGUUCCGUACGACCGGAAGUGCGGAAAAAGCACGAAGCAGAAUUAAUUCAGCUUUACCAUAGCACACUCAGCAGUACACUGACUCGGCUACAGUAUCGUGGCCCUGUUCCGAACCUUCCAGACGUCCACGUGGAGAUUAUUCGUAAAGGUUUCCACCGCGUCAACGCCGUCUUUCAACAGUUACCGUUUGCCAUGAUGGAAAACUCGGAAGAUGCCGAAAUGGACCUACUGCUGGGUGACGGUGACCGCAGUGAAGCCAGCAGACGGGAGCUGUUCGACAAUCCACGUUACGUCAGUGUGCUGCCCGAGCUGUUACGAGAGUUUGAUCUUGGCGGCUACCUAGAUUAA